AUUGACACCUUUGCUUCUGGAGUAGACAAACCAGGCAAACUCAGUAGCAGCAAGCAAGCAUAUUUUUCACAGCAGUCUCUUUGGUGUGUGUUUUCCUGUAGUUAGUGACUAACUUGUCUGGUUAAUUAGAGUCAGGUUUUGGAGUGCAACUUGCCUGAAAAACGCUAAUAAUUGCUGUGGAUUAUAAGUGCAUUAUUCAGACGCUGAAUCUGCUGGAUAUUUACGACUUGAGAUUUGUAAAUGUGCUCGAGUAUCUAUCGACGAUAACAAGGCUGUUUACAUUUGACGAGUAAGAUUAACUUGUUGAUCAUAUAACCAUCACUUUCGAAACUACUUCAGUAUUAAAUGCAGACUCUUCAGAGUUGCUCUACUAGUCUUCAUCGGGAUCGCGCGCGCGAAACAGUAUGUAAGUGAGCACGGUAAGAAAUUCAAACCCGAUACCGAAAAGUGAAAUAAAACGCACACGGCCGCGUCAGCAACUCUCAAGGAAGCGUUGUGUAGCAAUAUGCCGAACAUCAUUCAAGAUCGUCCUAUCGGUAAACAUAAGAGGCUGGCGAAGAAGUUCACCCGGUUGCAAGUGUUGAGCAUUAUCAAACAAUUUACGAUGGAUAAAAUGAAGGAAUCAGCUGCCGGUGAAAGCGGUGUUGGUGGCGGUGGCGGAGGUGGAGGUGGAGGAGGCGGAGGCACGGUUGGUGGCGACGAAUUUCACAGCGAAUUUUACAAUACCGGCCGCAUAGGGCGGCGGAACGCACUACCGGAUAUUCUAGGGUCGCAUUGUACCACCACAACAGCCGACCUGCCGACGCAGAUGGGAGCGCUGAGUACAUCUGAUUGUUCCAGCAAAUCCGUCAAUACACCAGCUGUGGUCAGUGGCAGCAACAUGAUGACCAACACCCCAACGACAUCGGCCACUGGAAGUGGUUCCUAAAAGUAGCUCUCCUACUACUGGACGCACUUUAUUCCCCCCAAAUCUGUGCGCAGCGCUCGAAAUCCCUAUGCCUCUGAGUUGUAGUAGCUAUUGGGCAUCGACUCAGAUGAUGAACCUGGCCCAUCGAAGUUAAUCUCACUAACGUGGUGUGGCCCGAUCCACAUUGCGAACAUUAGGUAGAUUUUACAAGAUUGAAGCAGUUUUCUUUUAAGAAUCGAGAGAUCUCGUUUAGUUAGAGAGAUUUAGGGAAAGAUAGAAAGAGGAAGAGCAUAUAGUGCAAAUAAACAAACAAAAAGAAAGGACUGAAUGAGCUUGAAACAUACACACACUCGACCCAGAGUAAAACAAACAGCCAAGCUAGACAUCACAAUGGUCAUUGAUCACGGUAACAGUAUUGUGCAUUACUUCUUAUUACCCGCAUGUGUUUGACGACCAAAGAUUUUUCGCACAGUUUCGAAAUCAACAGAAGUGCGUUUCUUGAUAGUUCCGUGUUUCGGACCGAAUAAGUGCAGUUAUGAAGUAGUGAAAUUUUUGAAUUAGCGGUUCAACGUUUGAAAAAAUAUAUAUAAACAUUUCCGUGGCAUUAGUUUCAGGCACAAAGUAAGUGGUAGGACGUUAAUUUAUUACUGUAAUUGAUAGUUUUUCUUCUCCCUUGACAUUGUGAUCCGACAAACAUUGUGACCAAAGGAGAUUACAUACGCCGUUUUUCAUAGAUUUAGCAUUAAGUUAGGAAUUAGAUUGCGCAUUCUGUAUUGCCGUUGGUAUGCAGUCUGUCGAUACUAUUUAGUAUUUAUUCGUAUUUGCUAAAAGUACAAAAUAGUUUCAAUAAUUUUCUAUAUUCCUUAGCGAUGGUGUAGUAAUUCACAUGCAAUCAAAAUUGUCACUUUCUGUUAAUCAUACUGUGUUAGCUAAGUAAUGUCCAUUGGCCAUUUUCCCGAGGUAGGAUCCAAUCCAAACAUUGCACUCACGCUUAUUUACACCUUAUGUUCCUUAAAACUUUACAGUGUACGAAUAUAGAAGUUUAGAAAUCUCGUUUGGCAAGCUAACGACAAUUAUUACCCCUAUAUAGCAAUUUCGAUACAAAAGUUCUGGAAAAGAAUUAAUUUUCUUGCUUCUUUGGAAGUCAUUAUUUUUGGUCUGAUCGGUGAUGAGCUGUACUCUGAAUGCCGACGUUUUAAUGGUCACAUUGACCACAUUUUUAGAGCUACUUAAGUAAAACAUCCCUGCAAACAGGCAAAUUAAGUUUUCUAGACCUACUGCCCUUUGCACACCCCUCAGCUUAAUAAAAAAAAAAUACGAAUCAAUUCCAAAACGACGGUCAAUAUCGAUCCGGGUUGAUGUAUAAGAAACGCGAUGAAGUACUCUAAUUUGAGACACAUUUUUAACAGAAAGUUAACGAGAACAAUAUUUUUGACAGUAGAAAUGACCAUAUAUUGAAAACUAGGCACACAUAUAUAGUGAAACGCAAACGUAUUACUUGCAAAUGGUAGGACAUACCAAUACUAGAAACGAUUAAUUAAUAGAUCAUUGAAUGCAUAAUACUUAUAUGUUUUCAGCUCUCCGUGUAAGGAUUAAAGUAGAAAAUGAGGCAAACAACAUAAAAUGGUCAGUAUUUAAGUCAAGAUUUUCGAACCGGUGAGAGUUUCUUCAAAAAUUUUAUGUUGGUUAUACAAAUUGGUAAUUGUUUUGCAGAUAUGUCAAAGUGAUACGAUAAGUUCGGUACUUUUGAAUUCUGACGAGGACUACAGUUAAUGUUAUAGUCCUCAGAUACAGCUAUUCAAUGCAAAAAGUCAGACUUGUGUGAAUGGGUUGAAAUAGUUUUGCUGCUUUUGGGCAUUGCCUCAGGAAGCGAUAACUUUCUAUGUAUAAGAAAACAGUUUUCAAUAUUUUCUCAGAAUUGUGUAAUAUGGUUGUGUAAUAUGGAUAUAUCUCGGGUGCUUAUUCAAAAAGACGUAUGUGAUUUUGUGAACAAAGAUUGAGACGUCGAUUUAUCCAAUCUGAUGGGACUCCCACGCAAACCAACACCAUCAACAAGUAGCCGAAGGCUUCCCCUACCUGUCUGUGGCGAUCGUUUGCGUGGGAGUGCUAUCAGAUUGGACAAAUCGACGUUUGAAUCUUUGUUUACAAAAACACAUACGUCCUUUUUAAUAAGUGCCCGAGAUAUGUAGUUUUCCAAAUAAAUUAGUCAAAUAUUUGGAACUUUAUCUCUUUUCUUUGUAAACUGAUUUAUUUUCUUUGGCUAAUGAUGUGAGUUUCUUUUUCAAUUUUAAUCUCUACCGUUUACAUUAAGCUAACUAUUUGAAUGCCAUCAUAGAUGUUUUUUAUUGGAAUGAAAUUAUUAAACAAAUCUGACAUCAAUAACCAAUUUGUGUAAACACUAUAAAACAAACAAUAUUAGGCAAGACUUUCACCUAUGAUUUUCACCAAAUUUUUUUAAUGCCUUGACAUGAGAUCAAUUGGAUGUAAACUACUUUUAGACUCGAAUGUGUACUUUUACUUGUUGUUUUGAUUUCAAAAUAAUACUAAAAUCUUUUAAGAUUAAAAAGAAUAUAAAUAAGUAAAUGAUCGGAAAGCUCAGAAUUUAUCUGUUGGCCAAUGUUUGCGGGAUAAAAAAGAACGAAAGCCAUUUGUUCCACAUGAGCGAUGGCUGUUAAGUAACAAUGAAAGUUAAAUGUAAUUACCACAAGCGUAACAACGUAACAUCUUUCUACCAUUUUCUAAUCCAUAUUUCGCUAGAAUAACGGGCAACCAAUCCAUUCUUAUACACAAUGUGUCAAUUGAAUUGAACAACAAAAUCAAAUAAAUCUUAAGAUUGAAACUGAAAAUCAACACAUCCAUAGAAAGAAGAUGGAGAAAUCGGUGCGAAUGUUGAUGAGAACUUAACCAAUCGAAAUUAAAUGUGAGUGUGUUUGUGUGAAAUGCCGAUGUUAAAUACAAGCUCCGACUCGAAGUAUAAAUUAUACAGCUAAACAAAGAAACAAACAAAACAUAAAAUCAAACAUCAUAAGAGCAUUUUGUACGUUAACACAUAACCAAUUUGACGCUAUUAUAGAUACGGUUAUUGUAUUAUUAUUAUUACUGUAACUUAUAAUUAUAAUUACAAUUGUAUAUUUACAUGAUUAUUAAUUAUUUAUUAACGGAACAAUAAACAAUGAACAUAAUUAAA